AUGGAUCUUCUCCACAGCUGGGGGGUUGAGCUAGCGGUCCAUCUGCAGAGCAAGUACAGCAAAUACGAGGGCUGGUUCAGCCUGGCGUCCACAGUGGCUGAUCUGCACACUACAUUCUUCUGCUUCUUCCCCGUUUGGUUUUACUUGCGGAGGGACACAGGGCUCAGGCUCAUCUGGGUGGCAGUCAUUGGGGAUUGGCUCAACUUGGUUCUGAAAUGGGUCCUUUUUGGGGAGAGGCCGUAUUGGUGGGUUCACGAGACCAAGUUCUACAGAGAAGGACCAGUCCCCUCUCUGCAGCAGUUCCCCAUCACAUGUGAAACUGGACCAGGAAGCCCCUCUGGUCACGCAAUGGGUGCUGCUGGGGUGUGGUAUGUCAUGGUAACAGCUUUACUCUCCAUGGCAACAGAGAAACAGUGCCCCCCUUUACUAUACAGGUGGGUCUACACCAAUAAUAUAAUCACUUUAUUCUUGCAGAUAGGCCUGUGGUCACUGAUGAGCCUGGUAGAACUGUUGGUCUGCAUGUCCAGGGUCUACAUGGCUGCCCACUUCCCACACCAGGUCAUUGCUGGAGUCAUUACAGGUAUAAUAGUGGCUGAGAUUGUCUCCAAGGUGCAGUGGAUCUACAGUGCCAGCAUGAAGAAGUACUUCUACACGACCCUCUUUCUGACCUCCUUUGCUGUUGGUUUCUACCUGCUGCUCAAGGCUCUGGGUGUGGACCUACUGUGGACCAUGGAGAAAGCUCAGAAGUGGUGUGUGAGGGCAGAAUGGGUCCACCUGGACACCACCCCCUUUGCCAGCCUGCUGCGUAACAUGGGCACCCUGUUUGGCCUGGGCCUGGGCCUGCACUCCCCCCUCAACACCGAGCCCAAGAGGAGCAGUGCCAUUUUCAAGACGGGAUGUAUCAUUGUCUCCUUAACAUUACUUCAGCUGCUGGAUGGUUUGACAUUUUCAUCGAAAAACCUCACAGUUUUCUACUGUCUGUCUUUCUGUAAGAGUGCCGUUGCACUUUUAAUCCCCACCACUUUGGUGCCUGCAGCGCUCAGCUGGAUCUGCACUGGAAAGCGAGAGAAGAAGUUGUGAUUUAGGAGCAGACCUGGGCCAGUUAUCAGUGUCGUUCCCUACAUUUUGCUGGAGAUUUUUUUUUAGGACUGAGGCAUUCUUUUGCACUUUUGGGACACUGAAGUUCUGGAUGUGACAGUUCUUUAAAUUAGUAAUGUGGCCUACC